UGGGGGGAAAGAGACGAGCAUAGGUUCCUCCCAAGAUGCCACCUGCUUCAUUCAAGUGUCUGGCAGCACUGUGUUCCUGUUAGAGCCACCAGCACAAGCACCAGACGAUGCUGAUCCAGGUGAAGGCCCCAGUGCAGCAGCAACAGCACAUGAUGGAGACGAUGAUGAUGAGGAGGAGACCAUCUCUCUGGAUUCCAGAAGGCAUGAGGACCCAGAUGCUAUACAGUGGGAAAACCAGCCUGGCAACAUAAGCUCACAAGCUAUCAGAAAGUUGUAUGGCAACCACCUCCGGCGCCAAAUAGAACUGGCAGACAUAGACAUUCAGUACAAGAAGAAAAAGAUGGAAAAUCUUGCACUGGAGUCCGAAAUAAAAAAGAGGACAAUUAGGAAACUGGACCUUGAAAUAAAAAAACUUGAGAGGGAGCACCAGGUGUGGCCACUAGCCUAUAUGAAGGCCCAAAAUUGUGUGUUCCUUUCUGCUCUGACAAUGGCAUGCCCAUUCGUGCGAGAUGUGGUGGAUGAAGAAGCACUUGUGCUGAGGAGAGCCUUCAGGCGAGAAAGGGUCUUCAGGGACCGGUUGGACCCACUGGCCUUCCCUGAUGACCAUCUAUAUGAAAGAUACAGGUUUUCUGCAGAUGGCAUCAGUGGAGCCUUCCUGUACUCAGUGGGGGAUGCAGAACAGCUGAACAAGGCCACAAUUUGCCGCACAAUAAGGAGUGUGUGUCUGGCUAUCAAAGCAUUAGCAGAUGUCUUCAUCUCCUUCCCUGGCCACAGAAGACUCUGUGACAUCAAAGAGGAGUUCUAUAGGAUUGCAGGUUUCCCCAAUGUCAUUGGUGCAGUGGACUGCACACACAUAAGGAUAAAAGCCCCUCAGGUGCCCAUGAGGCCGAUUUUGUGAAUAGGAAAUCCUUUCACAGCAUUAAUGUUCAGAUGGUCUGCAAUGCUGACUGUGUGAUCAGCAAUGUUGUGGCAAAAUGGCCUGGCUCAGUCCAUGACUCCAGAAUCUUUCGGGCCUCUGAAAUCUAUCAGUGCCUAUCACAAGGUGAAUUCUCUGGUGUGUUGCUGGGAGACAGGGGGUAUGGCUGCCAGCCUUUUCUCCUGACACCUUUCACAGACCCCAGG